AAAACGUUCACACGGUUCACACCGUUCACACGUAUGUCAAAACCAGAAUAUAUUUUUUAACAGCGAUACCGCGGUGGCUCUGAGACCGAUUGUGAAAAAUCACCGAAAAAAUUGUAGAUGUCUAUAGCAAUUAUUAGGUGGAACUUCCUCGCCUGCUUUUCGGGUUAACCAUAAUUAGUGGAAUUAAGGUAGUAACCAAAUUACGUAGAUUAAAAAAAAGAACCGAGUAAAUCGAUUAGCGGCAGGGAGAUGUUCAAAUAUCAAGGAAUGCUAGCCAGCGGAAUACUGCUGCUGGCCUUCGCGGCUCAACGUAUGUUCGUUGAUAGCGUAGAAUUAACAUUCGAGCUUCCCGACAAUGCUAGAGAAUGCUUCUAUGAGGAAAUUAAGAAGAAUCAGACAGCAACCCUAGAAUUUCAGGUUGUAACAGGUGGGCAUUAUGAUGUGGAUGUGUCGUUGGAAAGCCCAACGAAGGAAAUAUUAUACCGUCAGGUUAAAACACAAUUUGAUUCACACCAAUUCACGGCUCAGGCCACCGGUAUUUACGUUGUUUGCUUCAGCAAUGAAUUCUCAACGUUUUCGCAUAAAUUGAUAUACGUGGACUUUCAAGUGGGUGAUGAACAACCGCUGCCGGGAAUCGAUGAGCACGCGAGUGUGUUGACGCAACUGGAAACAUCCGCCCAAGAAAUUCACAAGAGCCUUAAUGCAAUUCUGGACUACCAAACCCAUCACCGAUUGCGUGAAACUCAAGGAAGAAAACGAGCGGAGGAUCUCAACGAACGGGUAUUGUGGUGGUCGAUAACAGAAACAAUCGCUGUCCUGGUGAUAGCGGUUGGCCAGGUUAUAGUGCUGCGGAACUUUUUCUCGGAGAAAAAGCCUAGUCAAAUGAACUACCAACAGUUUCAAUAAAUAGUAUUUGAUUAGCGAAAUGAUGCAUAGGUUGCUAUUUUUCUAGUGUCCGUAUUCUGUUGAAAGCGUUCUCACAUAGAAACUCAUAACUUUUGGUGUUAAAAUCUUUAUGCUCACGCCGUCACUAUGCUGUCCCAUUUCUGUUUAUCAGUGAUGUUUUAUUCAUUGAGAAUAUUGUUUUAAUAAAGUCCUUGAAGUGUAAC